GCUUAAUACUUGUGGCAGUGCAAUGCAUAUGAGCACAUCUACUAUUAGGUAGCUAAUCGCUUCUAAGUUGAUACAGCUUCCUUCCGAACACGACUGCAGACACUCCGUUCCGUGACUUAUUUGCUUCAGGUGAAGCGGCACUAUGACUCAAGACACCAGGUCUGCGUCCGAGGUUGGACAACGAAGUCUGUUUUACCAUGGCCAAGCGAAGGAUUUUGUCGACCUACAUGAACAGGUUGAGACGAGCGUAAAUCUUCUGGAUUCUCUGGAAUCGUUUCUGUCUACAUUUCAAAAGGACCUUUCUUCUGUAUCCGGCCAGAUAUCAGAGCUACAGGAAAGGAGCAAAGACAUCGACAACAGGCUGAAGAGUCGACGUAGAAUAGAGAAACCGCUCUCAAGUCUUCUGUCAGACCUUGCUAUACCUCCGUCACUUGCAGUUACUAUCUUAGACACAGAUGUUGGGGAGCCUUGGAUAGCAACUAUCACUGACCUUGAACGACGGUUAGAUAUUCUGAAGGUUCGGUCUCGUGUCAAAGCCGCCAGAGAUCUUGGAGACAUUGCAGAAGGGCUUCGCAUAGUAGCAGCUACGAAAUUACGAACUUUCUUUCUCGCAUUGCUACAGCCAAUACGAACAAGUGUCACGACGAACAUGCAAGUUAUGCAGACUUCAAUCUUUGUGAAGUAUAGAGCACUAUAUGUAUUCCUCCAACGGCAGGCGCCGAACGUUGCCAGCGAGGUUCAAAAGGCUUACACUAGUACAGCCCGCACAUACUACGAGACUGGUUUUCGUCGUUAUGUUCGCAGCUUAGGAUGGAUCAAGGCAAGGACCCCAGAGAAACCUGAAUCCAUCAUUUCAGGAAACGGAGACAACGGUGGACCAUACCUAGAUCAAGAUCGUCUUGCGUACGCAAAAAUGGAUGGACCCAGCGUCAUCCUCGCUUAUAUGGCAGAUGACAAGACUCACGAAGAACCUAUCGAAGCCAUUCUCAGGUCCCUUUUUCUGGUGUUGAUGGAUAAUGCCACCGCAGAAUAUGCGUUUAUCGCUGCCUUCUUCCGUUCUGAGUCCUUUGCGCCCCCUCCUGCAAUAGAAACUAACAGCGCCAUAUUUUCGCCCACUGCCACGGUUUUGUCGCCUGAUAUUGGCUUUGACGAUAGGAGGUCCAACGCUGGUUCUGAAAUUGGUACGCACGUCUCAAGACCCUUCAGCGGUGAUGGCCACGGACCUCGUGAUGUGACAGCACGACCCGGCUUUAUGGACAAGACUGAGCGUGCGCCGUUAGAUGCCAUCUGGAAACAAAUCCUAGAUCCUGUUCUAGAAUAUUGCAAGACUUUCGUGACCACCGUUCUUGAACCCAUGCCGCCCGCCGUGCCACUACUCACGAUGAUCCGACUCACGGAGGCUGUAAUUACUGAAGUGCAGAAGAGGGACUGCCCGCCCCUGGAAAACUUUUUGUUUACCAUGCGGUUGCAGCUGUGGCCCGCGUUCCAGAAAAUCAUGUCGGAACAUUGUGAUUCUUUGAAGAAGCUUGCGGAAGGUAGAAUCACUAGCUACUUCAGCAGAGCUACUUCGACGACAGAUGCGUCUGUUGCAAAUAUUUGCAACAGAUACGUUGUAAUGUUUAAUUCCUUCGUCAUUCUGACUGAUCAGGAAGAAGAGACCAUGAUUUUUUCCAAGUGAUCACUUAGUUCUCCUUUCUCUUCAAUUGCGCUCAGUGUUUGUACAGCCUCCUUCGUCUCCGACAGGAGCUCACGAAAUUGAUCGCUUGCCACACGGAGAACAUCAACGACGACGUUGCUAAAGCUACCAAACAGUCGGCAAUGUAUGAGGUUCUUUUGCAGGGACUAAACAAGGGGACUCAUUUGAGCACACACCCCAAAUCUCAAAAGGAGAUAGCUUACUGGGCGGAGAAAGAAGAAGAGGCUCGACGCCGA